AUGGUGCUCUACAAGCCUAUGAUUACCUCUGACAAAGACCUCCCUAAAUUGCUUGGAACUCCAGCGAAACAGGUCAAAUGGGCAAAGAAACUUGUCAUCGAGCGUCUAGGCAUUACUGCAAAGCAUGUGUACAAUCCUCCUAUGCAGGGAAUGUUUAGCAAAACUAUAUUUGUCACCUUAAAGGAUGAUAGUGAGAUGGUCAUUCAACUCGGUACUGAAGCGCUUGAUGUCGAUACAUUUACAACUGCAAGAGGAGCGCUAGGUGCAUAUGUCACUGAUUCUAGCGCUCUCAUCGACGAAGAGCUGGAAAGUGUGGGUGCUUGGGCUUACACUUUUACUCUCAUGCCGGGCAAGGCGUGGUGUUUAGGAGUCGCUGGACAAGGGCCUGAAGGUCGUAUCACAAUUAAUAAGUUACUCGGCCAUGUCUUUCGAAGGGCUAUCUCGCCGGUAACAGUAAUGAUGCUUUUAGGAACAAAAUUGGACCACAUAUAG